AUGGAAGAAGUUUGGAAUGAUAUUAAUCUUGUUUCUCUUAAUGACCACCCCACAGAUUUCCGUGGAAUGAUCCUUCAGGAUUUCUUGUCCAGACCCUGUACUGAAAAAGAUUCAGUACACAGUGCUAGUGUCUCUUCGGUUUUUGCCUCUCCAACACGGCCACCUCCGACCACGAUGCUCACCUUGAACUCAAGACCUGAACCGUUGCAUUUCUUGGGAAACUCAGAUCUUCUUAACCUAAGCUCUAAUUCACUGCCUCAGAGUCUGACUAUUUCUCCUGCGUGUUGUGUCAACGCGGCUUCAGAGAGUCAUGGGAAGAAGAGGUUCACAGAGACUGACAGCAAUCACGCCGGUGAUCGACAGCACAAGCGCAUGGUCAAGAACCGGGAGUCAGCUGCUCGAUCAAGGGCUAGAAAGCAGGAAAGUCUCUUUUUAUUACUUCUUUUAUCUGCCUUUUAA